AUGGAUGAGAGACAAAUUAUAUGCUAUUGUCGAUUUGAUGGGAAAAUUGACAAAAAUGAGAAUGGGGAAAUUAUAUACAUCGGCGGUGUCACAGACCCUUUUAUGAUAACAACAACAACAACAACAUAUGAAUCAUUUAUAAAUGAGUUACAACAACGUUCAUCUUCAAACAUGAGUGGUAAAGUCAUAUAUUAUACCACCAAAUCUAACAAGAAUGAACGUUUGAGGAUGACGGGAGAAUCUGGAUUUAAAGUGAUGCUUGUAGUGAGUGGUCCCAUGUUAAAUGUGUAUAUGGAAGAUGCAGCGCCUGUAAUUGCAUCAUGCACAAUUCCUACUGAUCAUAGUGAGAGACAAUUUGUUGAAGCCACGUCGCCAAUUGGUCUUCUGCAAAGUGUUGCGUCAACGUCUUCAUUUCCUCCGAUAAAUGUGCAUCGGGAUUCUUUCCGACACAUUGAUGACAUUCUUUGCGUGGAUCAGCUUUUUGACAGCCCAAAUGAUUUCAAAGAUGCACUCGUUUUGUUUGGUCUUCGUAAUCAUUUUCGGUUCAAGUACUUGGACAAUAGUAGAAAAUAUUAUAGAGUUGUGUGCGAGGUUAAUAAUUGUCCAUGGAAAUUGUCAGCUGGUUGUGAAGGAAGUGGUGAUAUAGUGAGAAUCAAGCGGUUUAAUAAUGUUCACACUCACAUUGCUCAAGACAUUUCAGAUUAUAAAGCCAUUUUUUGGUCGAAGGAAAUGGGUCGAGCUAUUGUGAACAAGGUUAGGGACAAUCCUAAAUGCACCCCCAAGACUAUUUCCACAGACAUAAACGGUGAAUUUUCUGCUAAAAUGACUUACAUGCAAUCGUGGAGAGCUAAGGAGUAA